AUGGCUUCCGUUACGAUUGAAUUGCCUUACCUGUCCUCUCAUUACUCCAUCGCGGAGUCAACGCUUACUACUCUUACCCAAGCUCCUACCGUUGAAUUAGUGAAUCAACUCCUAGAAGCGAUCACAAAGAAGGCCCGGGAAUACGAUGAUCUGAAGUCCGAUAAGCUUCGCCUGGAGGUAGAGCUUGAAAACGCGGUUCGCAGCAGUGAGUCCAAGGUCAAGGUCUUGAAGAGCUCUGUCGAGAAGGGCCAUGCAGAAGUUGAGGAAUCUAGGAAGAAAUUACAUGAAUCUGAAAAUAUCCGAUCCAGCCUGGAAUCCGAGAUCGCCUCCUUGAAAUCUUCUUCUACCUCCAAUGAAUCCGAAGUUAGCUCUUUGAAAUCCCGCAUCUCCUCUCUUGAAGCCUCAAACAGGGACACACUAGCACUUCUUGAGUCAAAGUCUGCAGCAUACGAUAAGCUAGCGGAGGAGCUGUCGACGCAACACAAGAAAACCAUUGAAUUGAGACGUGAACUUUCUUCUGCUGAGCAGAACCUUCAGGCUGCAAACUCGGCAUCCGCGAGUGCCCGUUUCCGCGAACAGAGUCUCCAACAGGACUUGGAUUUGACAAAGAAGAACAACGAAUGGUUUGAAACAGAACUGAAGACGAAGUCUGCCGAGUACCUAAAGUUCCGAAAGGAAAAGAGUGCUAGGAUCGCUGAGCUUCAGCGCGAGAAUGAGGAGGCUAGUGCGACCAUCGACUCCUUGAGACGCAGCGAAAAUGCCCUUAAGAGCCGGCUCGAUGAGGUGGAGCAGCGAUAUGAAGAGUCGCUUUCGAGCAUCCAACAGCUGAAGGAGGAGGCCAUCCAAACGGCUGAAUCGUUCAGAAUCGAAUUGGACAGUGCGAACAGACUCGCCGAACUGCAAGGAAAUGCCGCGGAAACCGCCAAACAACGAGUGCAGGAAUGUCAAUUGGCCUUAGAAAAAGCGAGGGACGAUGCGGCAGAGGAGAUAUCCCGACUCCGUGUGGAGGUUGAAACGGAACAUUCUGACAAAGAAGCCGCCGAGCGCCGCAUCGCUGAACUUGAGCUCACAGUGAGCCAACUUGAGUCUGAGGGUGUCGCUGGAAGGAGGUCCAUGAGCCCAGCACCAGGCUUAAACGGAGGGCCUAGCACACCUGUUCGUCCUGGUACCCCGGUUGGUACUUUUUCGCCUAGAGCCUCUCGAGGCAAGGGUGGCCUCACUCUCACGCAAAUGUAUACGGAAUAUGACAAGAUGCGAACACUACUGGCCGCGGAACAAAAGACGAGCCAAGAACUCCGGUCAACUUUGGACGAGAUGGUUCAGGACCUUGAAGCAAGUAAGCCUGAGAUAGACGAGCUGCGCGCUGAUCACGCAAGACUCGAGAAUGCUGUUGUCGAAAUGUCUAACAUUCUCGAAACUGCUGGAAAGGAGAGGGAUGACGCAACGAAGGAAGCAAGGAAAUGGCAAGGUCAGGUGGAGGGCUUAGCUCGUGAAGGGGAUAUUCUGCGCCAGCAGCUCAGAGAUCUGAGUGCACAGGUGAAGGUUUUGGUGUUGGAAAUCGCCGUUUUGAAGGAAGGUGAAGGUAGCUACGACAGGGAAGAGCUUGAGAAGAUAGCUCGAAAGGAGGUCGAGGAUGCCGCUGCAGAGCUCACCCCUACGGGCCGCUUCAUUAGCCAGAACCUGAUGACGUUUAAGGACCUCCAUGAACUUCAGGAACAGAACGUGACCCUCCGACGAAUGUUGAGAGAACUCGGUGAUAAGAUGGAGGGCGCUGAGGCUCGGGAGAAGGAUGCUGUCCGUCAACAAGAGCAGGAAGAACUGAAGGAGUUGAGGAUCAGAGUGCAGACAUAUCGCGAUGAGAUUGCAAAUCUUGUAGCUCAGACGAAGAGCUACGUGAAGGAACGUGACACUUUCCGGAGUAUGCUCACACGUCGGCGUCAGACUGUCGGUGAUUCUUCUGCUUUCUCUCAGUCUCUCCCACUCGGCGCCGCACCGCCUGGUGCUGCCGAUGAGCAUAUGAAGGACGCACCUGAUUAUGCCGAGCUACUCCGCAAGGUGCAAGCACACUUUGACAGCUUCCGCGAAGAGUCUGCCACUGAUCAUUCCGCCCUCAAGCAACAAGUAAAUGAGUUGUCGAGGAAGAACAGUGAGUUGAUGAGUGAGAUUAGCCGGUCCAGCAGUCAGCUGGGUGCUGCUACCCAGAGGGCGGAACUAUUGCAAAGUAAUUUCAACAUGCUUAAGAGCGAAAACGCCGAACUCCAGAAACGCUAUGCUGCGCUGUUUGAGAAUGCCAACCGUCAAGACAUAAAGACACAGCAAGCAGCUGAAGAUUUAGUGGAAACCAAGGGUCUUGUUGAAAGCCUCCAACGGGAGAACGCAAACCUGAAGGCUGAGAAGGAACUUUGGAAGAAUAUCGAGAGAAGAUUAAUUGAAGACAACGAGACAUUACGGAAUGAGAGAAGCAGGCUUGACUCCCUCAAUGCUAACUUGCAGACAAUUCUAAAUGAACGCGAGCACACUGAUUCAGAGAGCCGUCGUCGCCUGCAGCUCAACGUUGAAUCACUUGAGUCCGAGUUGCAAUCUACUAAACGGAAACUCAACGAUGAGGUUGAAGAAUCGAAGAAGGCGGCCCUGCGGAGAGAGUAUGAGCAUGAGCAAAGUCAGAAACGGAUUGAUGAUUUGGUGACAAGCUUGGGAUCGACUAGGGAAGAACUCGUUAGUAUCAAGACAACUAGAGACCAUUUGCAGUCUAGGGUGGAUGAGUUGACUGUUGAGCUCCGGAGUGCUGAGGAGCGCCUGCAAGUAAUGCAGUCGAGACCUAGCGUGUCCGCUGCCCCAACUGAGGCGCCUACAACUAUGGAAGAUGGUGCACAAGAGUCUGGUUUGACACGUGAGCAGGAGUUGGGUAUCCAAGUUGCUGAGUUAAAGCGUGAUCUUGACUUGGCGAAGGGUGAGCUAGAGCAUGCUAAGGAACAGGUGGAGGACUAUAGGGCAAUCAGUCAGGGGGCUGAGGAACGCUUGGAGUCUGUCACCGAGACACACGAACAGUAUCGUGAGGAAACAGAACGUCUUGUUGAAGAGAAGGAUAAGAAGAUUCAGGACCUUGAAAAACGGAUUGAAGAAAUCUCGUCCGAGCUUUCUACUACCAAUAGUGAACUAUCUAAACUCCGCGACGAGCAAGGAGAUGUUGCCCGCCGCCUUGAGGAGCAAAAGUCUCACCUGGAAGCUGAGAUCACAAGACUGAAGGACGAGAAUGAACGCCAGCUUGCCGCAGCCCAAUACCAUCAAGCAGACCUGAAGGCUCAGGCAGAAAUUUCACAGCACGCCCAGCAAAACUAUGAAAGCGAAUUGGUCAAGCAUGCCGAGGCUGCGAAGAACCUACAGCUAGUUCGCUCAGAAGCUAACCAGUUGAAGCUUGAGCUUGUUGAAUCCCGCGCCCAAGCCGACACGUACAAGAAAGAUCUGACACAAAAAGAGGAAAGUUGGAAUGAGCUGAAAGACAGGUAUGAAAGUGAACUAUCUGAGCUGCAGAAACGCCGUGAGGAGGUCUUGCACCAGAAUUCCUUGCUUCACUCACAGCUUGAGAAUAUUACGAACCAAAUCUCUGCUUUACAGCGGGACCGUGCCAACAUUGCUGAGACCGAAGACGAAGCCGAAAGCUCUGCACCCAACUUGGAAGGUCUUCAAGAGGUUAUCAAAUUCCUGCGUCGUGAGAAGGAAAUUGUUGAUGUUCAGUAUCAUCUCUCAACACAAGAAAGUAAACGUUUGCGCCAGCAGCUCGAAUAUACGCAAUCUCAACUGGACGAGGCGAGGCUGAAACUUGAACAGCAACGUCGCGCUGCUGCUGACAGCGAGCAUACCGCUCUGAGCCACAACAAACUCAUGGAGACCUUGAACGAACUUAAUCUUUUCCGGGAAAGCAGUGUUACGUUGCGUAAUCAGGUCAAGCAAGCGGAAACCGCCCUUUCAGAGAAGUCUGCACGUGUUGAUGAGCUUGUGCAACAGAUGGAGCCCCUGGAAACGCGGAUAAGGGAACUUGAGAAUGUAGUGGAGACGAAAGAUGGGGAGAUGAAGCUUUUACAAGCAGACCGUGACAGGUGGCAACAGCGAACCCAGAAUAUUCUCCAGAAAUACGAUCGUGUUGACCCAGCUGAGAUGGAAGGGUUGAAGGAGAAACUGGAGACUCUGCAGAAAGAGCGGGACGAAGCCGUGUCAUCUCGCGACACCUUACAGGAACAAGCAGCUGCGUUCCCAGAGCAACUGAAGCACGCAGAGGAGAGGGUGCAGGAAUUGCGUGCAAAGCUUACGGAACAGUUCAAGGCUAGGUCUAAGGAACUUACUGGCCGUAUUAACGCUAAGCAGCUGGAGUUGAAUACGGUGGUGCAGGAGAAGGAAGUCAUUCAAGAGGAAUUGAAGACCACCAAGGAAGAGUUGAGCGGGUUGAAAGCCAAGUUGGCUGAGAAGCCAGCUGCACCAGCUGUUGAAGAAAAACCAGCCGGCUCUGGUGUAGACUCGACGCCCGCAUCUCAGUUCCCUGGACCGACCACUCAACUGCCUGUUCCUAGCGAUGAUGAAAGAGUAAAGGCACUUGAAGAGAAGGUGCAACGCCUGGAAGCUGCUCUUGCCGAAAAGGAGGCUGCUUUGGCGGAGAAGGAUGCCGCUAUAGCCGCUAAGGAUGCCGAGCACGAGACGAAAGCUAAAGAACGUAUAGAGAAAUUGAAGGAGACUUUCAACAACAAGAUGGCUGAAGUCAGGACGGCCCACCGACAAGAGAUAGAAAAGUUGAGGACUAAUCAACAGGCCGCAUCACAACCGCAAGAACCUGGAACCCCUGUGUCGAAACCAAACCAGGCCCCCGCAACUCCUGCAAAGACGGAAGGAGAACUACCGCAACUCACCGAUGAGCAAGCUAAAGCACUGGUUGCUAAGAACGAAACCAUUCGGACCAUUAUUCGAAACAAUAUCCGGACCAUGCUUGCUAAGGAGAGAGAGAAACAGGGGGCUCAGCCUUCGGCAGGUGUGAGCCAGGAAACCUUGGCUUCCAUGGAGCAAAAGUUCAAUGAGGAGAAGGAAGCCAUCAAGAAGGCUCACGAGGAAGGUGUUGAAGAGAGAAUCAAAUCAGCCGUCGAGCUAUCUGAUAAGAAAACGUUGGUCAAGAUCAGUAUGCUUGAUACACGGUGUAGAAAUGCGCAGGCGAAGAUCGACGUUGUUCAGAAGGCGGCCACCGAGACUCCUCAGAAGCCUGUUGUUGAGGUGUGGGAAAUAGCGAAGACAACUAAGGCUCCGCCUCAAACCCAAAAGCUUGCAUCGGCUGCAUCGCCCGCACAAGUAGCGUCACCAGCGCCCGCGCCAACACCUACGCCAACACCAGCGGCAGGAGUGGUACCGACCCCAUCACCGGCUCCAGCACCGACACCAGUGCCCACUCCAGCGCCUGUCAACCAGCAGCAAGGCCCAGCAGCAACCGGCUCUGUAGUGACGGCCACUCAAGCCAAGGGACCUGCCCCAGCCGAAGUUCAGGGCCAAGGAAAUGUACAGCAAAAGCAAGAACAGCAACCACCACAACAAAGUACCGAAGGCACAGCACCACCAGCAGCGAAUGCGCCUGUGAAUCCCUUUGGACAAAGUCAGAAUAAACAGCCUACAUCGCUACCAAGUAAACCUCCUGCUGGCGCUAACAGUGGAGUUCUUAGAGCUCUCCAGUCUGGGUUGCCGGUUGCACGGGGAGGUCGAACAGGCGGGCGUGGUGGCCAUCAGCAACAGAACCCAUUUGGUGGGCAGGCUCAGCAACAAGAGCAACCGCAGCAAAACCAGGGCCAGCCUCAACAACAACAGCAAGGCCAGCCAUCCCAACGUGGCACCGGUCUCCCUCGAGGCCGCGGAGGCCGCGGGGGUCAUGGCCGAGGUGGCCAUCAGAAUGUCCAGACUGCAAACCUGCCCCAGGGACAAGGGCAGUCUAGCCCACGUGGAAACCUGAAUGCUCAAGCUCGCCAGUUCGUUCCUCAGGGAAACAAGCGGGCCCGAGACGAUGGUGGAGAGGGUGGUAAUGAAGGAGCUGGAAAGAGAAUGAGAGGUGGUGGUCACGCAAGAGGUUCUUAA